UAUACGAAAUUAUUGCCAAGAUGCAUAACGAGGCGUGCCAAUCCCAACAGUACCAGCGGCGUCUGACGUGGGUGUUGGUGGCCAUGAUCGGGAGUUUCUUCGUCGGGGAAUUCCCAACGCACGUCGCCUCCCGCGCCUCCGCCACGUCGCUCCUCUUCCCGGGGCGCCCUCAGCAGCUCAACACCCUCGGAUUCAGGAUCUUCAAGCUGACAGUCACCAUCCUAAUGAGUCUCCAUUACUCAUGCAACUUCUUCCUCUAUUGCGCCUUCAACAAGCGGUUUGCAAGGGAGCUGGCCGACCUCAAGCCCAGCGUGUUGCGCUCCAGAUCAGCGGCUGUCGCGUAUCCUCGAAUAAGAAGAGUGGCGCCCUUUGGUGGAGAUGCUACGGCCAGGGUUUGUUGUUGCUUCAGCGCCCUUCGGAGAGUCACGGUCACCGCCCCAUCUCGAGCGCGACGAACCUUUUAGCGUCACAGCUCUUUACGGUCCUCUUGGUCUCUCCUCUCUUUCGUUGUCUUCUCCUUCUUCUCCUCCUUCUCCGUCUCCGAAAUGUCCUUCGCUUCCGUCUCCUCCUUCUGCCCCUCCUACUCUCCUUUCUUCUGUUUCCUCUCCUGUUCUUCCUUCUCUUUCGCCCCUAUCUCCAACUCCCCUUCGGAAGUCAGAGGAAUGAAGGAUUUGAUUAAAUAAACACUAAAUAAAUCAACAAAAAUGUGUUUUAUUUACCCGAUUUAUGGAUUAAAAUAAUCCUCUUCUAAUUAGGGAUUUCCUCAGAAUUCUCUGUAAUAUCCCUAAAUAAAAUUCUACUGUAGUUCAUUAAAGAUUUUUUUUUUCCUCACAACAAAGUACUCAGUGAUACGAAUUACAGGAGACAUUCCUUAUCGUCACGUUCA